UUUAAAGUCCAAGAAGAACCCGGAUGGUGGUAAUGUCGGCAAAUAAAGACCAAAACAACAGAUUAGCCAUAGUUGUACAGCAACCGAAACGAAGUAGACAUUUUACUGACUCUUUCUUUCUUCUGUAUCAGAUCUACUGAGUUAUAUUCUUCAUAGCAACUUAAGGAAAAAAAGGGAAAUACCCAGCAACAAUGGCAAUGGUUUUAUGGCUUCUUUUUUCUCCUUUUCUGUUCUUAUCUGUUUCUGCCAACACUCAGACCAAAGUAACCGAUAACCCUGCGGAUGAAUUGGUGGCUGCGCUUAAUGCCAAUAGGACAGCUCACAAGUCAUCGGCUCUCACCGACAACCCAGGCCUGGCCUGCAUUGCUUUGCAAUAUAUAAAAGCAUACCAAGGUGACUGUAAAGCUGUAGGAGAGGCCAAGAAGCCCGCUGACUCCGAAUUUGCUGAAACUUUUGCCCCCGACUGUGGUGUGGAAGCCUCAACCCUCUCUCCAAUCACUGGUCGUUUACUUGGAUGCCAAUCGAAAUACGUCAAGCCUUCUGAAGCUUUCUCGAUGUUGAUGAAAAACGAGAAGAGUUUGGAAAUUCUUUACAAUAAGAACCACACUGAAGUUGGGGCUGGUGUGACCGGCUCCGAUGGUGGGGGUCCCUAUUUCUGGUGUGUACUUUUCAGCAACGGUAAGCAUAACAGUAGCUUUGUUGCACAAGGUGGUGUGGCUAAAAUCUCGAGACCGGGAUGCUUUAGUGGUGCCAAUGAUGAAUGCAGCAGUGCUAAUGAUUUAUCUCGACUUCAUCAAAUGUGGCUGUACGCCAUAACAGCUUUCGUUGCUGCAGGAUAUGCCUUCGGAAUAUGAUCAUACCCUACAGUAUCCGAACUCUUUAUCAUUAGAUUGUUCAUUCUGAGGCCUGCUUCAGUCCAUUGCCAUAUAUAGCUAGCCUCUCUAGUAGUUUUUUGGAGGGGUUUAUAUAUUGUUAUAAUUUUAUUGAUUUGUUUCUUUUUUCACAUUGAGCAAGUUUCACACUGUGCCAUUGAAUUCUCCAGUUUCAUGUGUCAACCUUCAAAUUGAGUGAACCUACUUGGAAUGACAAUUACUUAUUUUUUUCA